AUGUCGUCGACUUCAACCAAGAACAACGUCAGCAGCUCUCCUGAGCAGGGCACUCCCAUGGCGGCCAAGCCCAGCCUCAAAUCCAUCGAGCCACCUACGGGCAUCGCCCGCCUGAUGGCCGAUCAUUCUGACGACGAAAAUGACCCGAUGACCAUGGGCCAGAUCGGUCUGCAAGGCGGCGUUUGGGAUAAUUUCGACAAGGAGGAUGAUGAUGCUGCGCGUAACUCAUCUCCAACUCCAUCAAAAGCGCUCGAUGAACACGAAGACUUCGAGAUUAUCGGCGACGAGGAGCUCCCGGAUGACAACGAUCCCGCCUAUGUGCAUGACCAGCACGUUAGGGCAAUGAUGAACCAUCGAGUUCCCCCAUACCCGAUCCCAUCACAGUAUGCAACACCGGCCGGAGACCGCGAGGAUCAAAUUGCUCGCUACCACAUAUUCCUUGAAGAGUGCUAUCCAGGUAGCAGAUUGACGCGCGAAAACGCCAUGGACAGAGCGUUGAAUAGUGCUCCUCGCCACGGAAGCCCGAAUCGCUACCUCAGAAUCAUCCAUAUCAAGGGUGAGACGCUAGAGGUUCACAAAGACGACUGGGUCCCAUGCGACCGUACUUGCCCAGCGCGCAAGAAAAAAUUCCUGGAGAAGUUGAAGGCCGCACCAGGGAAGAUUUUGGGCAUGCGCUGA